AUGGGAUGGAAGCGUUAUCUAAUCAACGGCACCGCCACACAUAUCACGAUUGCAGCUGUCGUCCUUCAUUCACAUCUGUAUCCAGAUAGAUCUCUAAUUCUCCAAAUUAUCUUGCGCUCAGCAUCGUCGUCUUUGUCAGGCAGUGCGAGAAACAAGAACAUGGGGUCUUCAGUCGAUCUCCUUCCUCUUGAGAGUAAUCUCACCCACCUGGCGGCAACCAUUCGUGACGCCGAAUCAAAACUGGCAUGGCAGGAUGUUGAGACUAUUUCCCAGACACUAGCAAAUAAUCUGCGAGCGAGAGAUGGACUUGUCGAUCAUCAUACCAUCCUUGGGAAAACUCAGCUUCCAGGCACUUUGACCUCACUUCUGUCUCUCGCGCUACAUGGAUCCCAUACUCCAACGGAACCCUAUGUUAACGUCACAUUUGAGUUGCUUCGCGUAGGUGCAAAUCUUUGCAUGGACCAUGGUGACUGGUUCCCUGACCUUGAUUCAUUGGACAUCAUUGACGGAUCCCGUUCAGACGAAAACAGAGGCUAUCUUCUUGAGGCAGGCUUUCCACAAAUUGUUUUGAAUAUUCUAGAGGGCUAUGCAGACCUUAUACCCUCCCCUCCUCCAUUGACCCCUCUGACACUUUCAAUUCCACAUCUGAAGGUGAUAAGGACGGCGAUAGAUGCUGUCAAAUUCCGCUUGCUAUCUCUCGAAGCAUCUUUGACUAUUCUCAGAUUAUCCUCAGCAAUUUACCCUCCGACACUCUGGGCGCGCUCCCCAGCCCAGUUUGGAAAUAUAUCAAAUGAGGACCUUGAGGAAUCUUGGAUAUUGCGUAGCGGAAUUUCCAACUGGGCCUGGAGGACAGUUUCAGAACUCAAGGACGUCAAAGACGAAUCGCUCCAGGCUUUUACUCCCGACGUCCUUCCCUGGAUUAUACCGUCGCUAUCAAUGUUUGUUCCGCCCAACCCUCCAAACGAAAACACAGCAUUCGCACACAACGCCUCCCUUCUAUCUACUUUGCUACACACAGACUUUGAGGUCCUUGAAGAAAGUUGCACGCUGAUAGAGUCUCUCUCCCUUGACGUCGAAGACAUCCGGCUGGCCCUUGCUCGCGGAUUUUGUUUUCCGGCCGAGCACCUCGGAGUUCCCUGCUUUUCUACAAUGUUGGAGUUCAUUGAGUAUGGCGACUAUCCACCAUUGUGGAAAACCACCUUCACUGAACCGGAGAGGAAACGUAAGGAAAAGGCAUUCGAUAUUUGCAAGGCUGGACUCAUCAAGUCGGUCGUCGAGGUCGCAGGCGAAGAAAGAAAUGGAGAUGUUUUGUGGGACGAGUCUGAGGAGAAGCCUGGUGGAGAGUUUGUCUGUAAAAUGGUGAGGUGGAUCAAGGAGUAUGUCGAAGACAUAGACAGGUCUGCGAAAAACCCUGCUUCCGACUCUCCUGGCAGUCACCGAGACGAUAUGGUCAUCUGCGCAAGUCUUGCUCUGGGAAAUCUGGCUCGGCGAGAGAAAUUUUCCACGGCACUCCUGUCACCACCGCAUUCGCUUGCUCCCGUCCUUGCAUCUGCUUAUUUCUUCUCUCCUGCAGCGGACGUGAAGCUGAAACAUGGCAUACUUGGCCUUCUCAAACAUCUCGCACAAUCGUCCACUCUGUCACCUACUAUUCACACGUCGCUAGGAGAUGCAGGCAUUAUCCGCCGCAUCACCGAGAGCGACAUAUGGAGCGAGAAAGCCAAUGCAAUGGCGGAUAUUGUUCAAUUGAACGCUAUCGGCGUCGUCAAGCACAUGUGCAAUGCCAGCGUGGAGCAUUCAUUUACGCUCGUACUCCCUCCAACAGAUCGACCGACAUAUUCUGUGUCUGGCCUCUCCCAGAUUAUCGCUCUUGUUUCACGCUCGGACUCAGUCCCGAUUCAGAGUGAGGGAACCCGCGUGCUUGUCAACGUUGUGAAGUCUCUGUGGUCUAGUGAAUGGAACAAUGGCGCUGUAUCUGAAGAGAAGAAGAGGAGAAGAGAAGCGGCUAUCCGUGCCGUUCUGAUCCCCGAGUAUAUCUCUGCACUCGCUGGUCUUAUUGGACGUAGCGGAAGGUACCCCAUCUUGGUAAACGAGGGGGUCGUUGCACUCACAUUAAUAUGCACUCAUGGACAAGGCGGACCUCUGGUUCUCUCCGCCAUCACUGCGCCACUCCUGCCUCACAAUCCGUCAGUCGCGGAACCAUCCUCUGCCACUAGCAGCGAUGCCAGCUCUCCCCUCAUUGCGACGCCCCCCACCCGAGCACAUAUACCUGCCCCUCGUCACGCCUUGGACAUGCUCAUAUCUGUUCUACGUAACGUCGACAACCCCGUUAACUACCCGAUCGAAGUGCGCAUGAAUACAUGUUCUUUCUUCGUCCAACUUGCAAAACACACCUCUGGACCAGGGCUGGAAAGUGUAGAGGACUUUGUUCGUCCCAUUCUAGAAAAGACUGUAGAGAGCGGAGAGGGGAAAGGGGAAAAGCUGGCACCUUACGCCAAGCGUGUGCUGGAUUCGUGGGCCUGA